AGGGGGUGACAGAGAGGGGAUGCUCGGGCCUUAGAGAGAGGGGACAGGGGAUGCGUGAGCACUGGGGAGUCAUGAUCAGACAGCGUGGAUGAGUGCAGGCUUGUGGAGGCCCCGUGUGCUGGGUUUCUGUUGAUGGAGAUUCGGCCGUGCAGCAGCCUUUAACGCUGACGUGAUUGUUGCCUCAACAAGAGAGAUGAUGAGUGGGUUCCCCACUAAAGCCCAGGAAGGUUCAAACCCUGCUUCUGUGUGUCGCUAUCUAGAGAACAUCCUGGCAACCUGUGUGCCGCCUGGCAGCUCGGCCCUCGCUGUUUCGCAAGACGGAUGGUGGCAACUGGGCCAGCUUGAGUUUCUCUGGCCGUCUGACCUUCUCCAGAGAGUAGGUGACUGUUGCUGGCCCCUUGGGGGAUUGUCCGGCUCGGAACUCCUUCCCAGGAUCCCCCCAGCCUUCUCACUGUCAAGGCCACAUCCAGUGAUGCUCAGAGCUUACUCCUGGCUCAAGCACUCAGGAAUCAUUUGCUGCUAGUGCUUGGGGGACCAUCCUCGGUGCUGAGGAGUCAAACCUGGGUCGGCUGUGUGAGAAGCAGAUGCCCUUCUAGCUGUACUAUUGCUCUGGGCCCAGCAGGUGUGAACGAAUCAGAGACGCUCCUGCCAGCGCUGCCGGGAGGGACCCUCAUCCCGGCCCCUCGCGUGGCCCCAGGCGCUGAAGUGAACCCGCCCAGGUGCUGAGCCCUCCGGCGGUUGCUGUCCAUCUGCCCAGGGCUGUGCCCGUCGCACCCUCUCCCCCUUGCCAGCCCCGUCGCCAGCAGAGAACCCAUGGGCUGGCCUGCCAGCCUGGCGCGCCUGCCGGGCCGAGCGGAUGCUGGCCAGUGCGGCGGCCCAGGCCUGCGGGGCGUGGCGGGGCCCGGCCCCCGGCAGCGGCGGGUGGUCUCGUGAUGCAGGGGCGCGGGACUGAGCACCAUGCCCAUCACGCAGGACAAUGCCGCGCGCCACCUGCCCCUCCUGUGCCAGUGGCUGCAGGGCAGCCCGCGGGAGGGCGGGGCGGGCCCCGAGCAGCGGCUGUGCCAGGCAGCCGUCCGCAAGCUGCAGGAGUACAUCCAGCUGAACUUCGCCGUGGACGAGUGCGCGUGCGCGCCGGCGCCCCCUGAGCCCAGCCCCCCGGAGAUGGAGAUCUGCACCGUGUACCUGGCCCGGGAGCCCGGCGACGCCGACGCCGUGGGCCUCAGCUUCGGGAACAUCCCCGUGUUCGGCGACUACGGGGACAAGCGCCGGACGGGCAAGAAGAGGAAGCCGCCGCCGGGGCCCGUGCUGGACGUGGGCUGCAUCUGGGUGACCGAGCUGCGGAAGAACAGCCCGGCCGGGAGGAGCGGCAAGAUCCGGCUGCGGGACGAGAUCCUGUCCCUGAACGGGCAGCUGAUGGUCGGGGUGGACGUCAGCGGGGCCAGUUACCUGGCUGAGCAGUGCUGGAAUGGCGGCUUCAUCUACCUGAUCAUGCUGCGGCGCUUCCGGCACAAAGUCCAGUCUCCGUACAACGGCGGUGGCGGCCCCAGCGCCGAGCCCGGAGAGGCUCCAGCCCUGCAGCCGGCCGACCGGACUGCGAAGAAGAGCAAAAGGACAAGGAAGUUUGGCGUCAUUUCCAGACCCUCGGCCCACAAGGCUCCAGAGGACCCCGCAAGCAGCGCCAGCUGUGAGUUGGACAGCGACCCGCCGGCUGAGCUGGACCCCAGCCCAGACCCCAUACUGGGCAAUGGUCACGCCUUUGAACUCGAAAAUGGUCCUGAUUCUCUCAAGGACGCGGCUGGAGCCCAGCUAGAGAGAUCGGAAGUGGACAGAGAGGCGGACGCUUCUGUGCCCGCCAACCACGACAAAUGCCACCUCUCAAAAUCUGCCAAGACGGACGUCCAGUCAACUGAUUGCCCGGCUCGGGAGGAAGUCGGCCGGAUAUGGAAGAUGGAGCUGCUGAAAGAGUCGGACGGGCUGGGCAUUCAGGUUAGUGGCGGCCGAGGAUCCAAGCGCUCGCCUCACGCUAUCGUGGUCACUCAAGUGAAGGAAGGAGGUGCCGCUCACAGGGAUGGCAGACUGGCCCUGGGCGAUGAGCUGCUGGUGAUCAACGGGCACUUGCUGGUGGGACUCUCGCACGAGGAAGCUGUGGCCAUCCUCCGCUCGGCCAGUGGAGUGGUCCAGCUGGUGGUCGCCAGCAAGGAGAACUCUGCCGAGGAGCUCCUCCGCCUGACAGCCAAGAGUCUGCCCGACCUGGCCAGCUCGGCGGAGGACGUGUCCUCCUGGACUGACAAGGAAGACCAGGAGCCGGAUGCGGAUGAGGACGUCGGAGCCAGCGCCUCUUCCAGCCGGGGGACGAUGCUGGGGUCAGACGAGUCGCAGGAGGACCUCAAGGGGAACCUGGACAGCCCCAAGCAGGGCAGCAACAAAAUGAAGCUCAGGAGUCGCCUGUCGGGGGGUGUGCACCGUUUAGAGUCUGUUGAGGAAUAUAAUGAGUUAAUGCUGCGGAACGGGGACCCCCGGGCCAGGAUGUUGGAGGUUUCCCGAGACGGCCGGAAGCACUCUCUUCCCCAGCUGCUGGACUCCACCGGCACCUCACAGGAGUACCAGAUCGUGAAGAAGUCCACCCGCUCGCUGAGCACCACGCAGGUGGAGUCGCCCUGGAGGCUCAUCCGGCCCUCGGUCAUCUCCAUCAUCGGGCUGUACAAAGAGAAAGGCAAGGGCCUGGGCUUCAGCAUUGCCGGAGGUCGCGACUGCAUCCGAGGCCAGAUGGGGAUUUUUGUCAAGACCAUCUUCCCCAACGGAUCAGCUGCGGAGGAUGGAAGACUGAAAGAAGGGGAUGAAAUCCUAGAUGUGAAUGGAAUCCCAAUCAAGGGCCUGACGUUUCAAGAAGCCAUUCACACCUUUAAGCAAAUCCGGAGCGGGUUGUUUGUCUUAACAGUCCGCACAAAAUUGCUGAGCCCCAGCCUGACGCCGUGUUCGACACCCACCCACAUGAGCAGAUCCAGCUCCCCGAAUUUCAACGCCAGUGGGGGCACGGCAGCCACGGGCCCUGAGGAGAGCAAUUCUUCAUCCCUGGGCCGGAAGACGCCUGGUCCCAAGGACAGGAUUGUUAUGGAAGUCACACUCAACAAAGAGCCGAGAGUCGGACUGGGCAUCGGGGCCUGCUGCCUGGCUCUGGAGAACAGCCCUCCGGGCAUCUACAUCCACAGCCUGGCGCCUGGAUCCGUGGCCAAGAUGGAGAGCAACCUCAGCCGUGGAGACCAGAUCCUGGAAGUGAACUCGGUCAACGUGCGCCACGCCGCUCUGAGCAAGGUCCAUUCCAUCCUGAGCAAAUGCCCCCCGGGACCUGUCCGCCUGGUCAUCGGCCGGCACCCGAACCCAAAGGUUUCGGAGCAGGAAAUGGAUGAAGUGAUAGCGCGCAGCACUUAUCAGGAGUGCCGAGAGGCCAGCCCUUCCCCCGGCUUAGGCACGCCCUUGAAGAGCCCUUCUCUUGGGAAGAAGGACUCGCUGUCUUCGGAGGCGGAGCUGUCCCAGUACUUUGCCGCGGAUGCCCCGGGCCCCUUGUCAGAUUUCGUGGUGGCCGUGUCCGAGGACGAGGAUCACCUGGGAAGCGGCUGCAGUGCCCUGGAGGACGGUGGCCUGCCGCCCGCCCCUUCUACUCCCAAGGAACCGGGCAAAGCCAGGGCCAACAGCCUCGUGUCCCUCGGAAGCCACCGGACCUCUGGACUCGUCCACAAGCAGGUGACGGUGGCCAGACAAGCCAGCCUCCCCGGGAGCCCGCAGGGGCUCCGAAACCCUUUCUUCCGCCAAAAGAGGGUGGGCACCGAUGCCAGCGACGAAGACGAGGAGGACGGGGACUGCGUGUCCCUCCCAGGCACCCUGGCCGACCCCAGCCGGCCCCCGAGCCAGGACAGCGCCGGGCCCGGCUUGUCCGGCUCUCCCCGGGUCACGGUCAGACACCACGCAGAGGACGCACCGCUCAAGACGCGGGUCAGCAAGGCCUCGUCGGUCCCUCUGCUUGGCAGCCCGCGGGACUCGGAGCGGACUGUGCUGGGGGCUCGAGGGGACGGUCCUGCCCAGGCGGCUGGCCUGCAGGCUUCAGGCGCGGCUUGCACGGGCGGCGCCGGGAGGAAGGAGCUCUCUGCCUCCAGGAGCUCCCCCAAGCUGGAGUACAAAGCCACCGCCGCCGGCCCCCCGACUCUGCUGGUCCCCGAGAGCCCCAGCCCCCACCAGCAGCAGCAACACGAUGGCGGCCUGGGGUCCAGGCACAAGCCUGUGGCCAGGGUCAUGCCACACCGCCAGAGGCCAGACGCCGAGGCCCCGGGCUCAGAGACGUCAGAGGUGCCCGGGGCUGCCCGAGACCCACCAGCCCCGACCGCGCUCAGUCCAGGGACUGGAAGGGCGGGAAAGGAGCCUCUGGGGAAGCUGGGCACGGGGCAUGGCUGCGUCCCUGCCGACGGGCUGCCAGCGAGUCCUCCCCCUACUUCGGACACCGGCCAGCACACAGGGCAGCUGCAGGAAGCCACAGGAGAGCGAGGGCGGCUACCCAGGACGGGCCUGGACGGCUCCUCUGACCGCAUCCCUGUCCAGCAGCAGAAGGGGGCGGCCGCCCCGGGCCCCAGCCAGACGCCCGGGGAGGCAGCGCAAGCCAGGAGCCCCGUGAUGCACAUGGAGGCAGAAGACCGUCCAGCCAGACGGGAGCACAGCGUGUCCCCGAGGAGGGCCCAGCCCGACGGCAGCCAGACACGGGCGGCCAGUGCGACCCCUGGCCCCCGGAUGACCGCAGCCCACAGUGGGGCGCCCCGGGGAGCCCCUCAAGCCAGCGGCGAGCACGGCCAGGUCCCGCCAGCCUCGGGUCUCCUCCCCGGGAACUCUGCUCUUCCAGGAGUCCAGGGGGCCUCGCCGGCCAGCACUUCACCGUCCUCUGCGUGUGGCGGGCUCUCGGGACACUGCUGCCCUCCAAGGAGCAGAGGGAGGCCAGUGACCGAGGUGGACAGACUCGCCCCGGAGCCGGCCAGACUCGCGUGCCCUCCGCCAGGGCUCCCGGCGGCCAUGAUGGCGGCUCGGGCCCAGAGCAGUGGCCAGGCUCAAUCCUCGCUGCUGGCGUCCCUGCAGCCCGACAAGCCUCUAGCGGUCAGCAAGAGUUUCCUGAGCAGCUACUCCCGGAACUUCAGCAGCUGCCGCCAGGAGGCGGCCGGCGCCCCCACACCCGAGCCGUCCAUCAUGUACGGUGGUGCCGAGGACUCGUCCUCUGACCCCGAGUCACUGGCCGAAGCCCCCCAGGAGGGCCGGGCACCCCCUGCUGCAGCCCCGGGAGACGCCACUGCCGCCGAGUCUGAGGAGGAGCCGGUGGAAAUGUGCUCCCGCCAUGGGGUGCCCAGAGCGCUGCCACUGAGGCUCGGAGCCCCCCGAGACAGGCCCACCCUCGGUCCUGCAGCCCCCGCAGGCUCCCAGAGGCCCUCCCCUGCUGAGGACACGGCUCCAGCGGGGGCCAGCAGCCCGCCGCAGACCCCGGCUGUGGUGAACGGUCUCGAGCAUGACCUGCUGGACGGCAGAGCCCCGGCUGGAAACCAGGAUGUGGACACUCCGGCCAGGGGCCCCCCGAGCUCCUGGGUCAGGGUGAGCCCCCAGGACAGGGGCGCCGUCAGCACAGACCUGCACAUUUCCGAGGACCCAGACCCGGAGGAUGCGCCCCAGGGCCGCCACGGCAGCUCCAGAAGGCCCCAAACAGCCUGUGUCCAAGACCCCCAUGCCAGCGGGCCCAGCCGGGCCGAGAAGGGGCGUCCGGCCGUGGCUGCCAGCAGUCCCGAAGCUCGAAACCCGGGGCUGGGCUCAGCCCCCAGAAAGGGGAGCAGCACCGCUGUGCCCAGCGCUAGCCCCCCGCCGCCGAGACAGGGUCUGGAGAACAAAGACGCGCCCAAGAGAAAUUCGGCAGAGGCGCUGCCCGGCAGCGGGCAGAAAGCCAGGGCGGGGUCCCGGCUCAGGAGGCUGAGCCUGAAGGGCAGAAGCAAAGCGGGCGCCGAAGCACCCAGCGCCAAGAACUCAGGGCCCGAUCCCAAGAGGCCCCUGGGGUCGCCGCAGAACCCCCCCAAAAUGUUCUCCAAGGUAGUGUCCCAGCGGCUGCAGAGAGCCGAGCUCGGGGAGCCAGACCCCAAGUCGCCGGCCGGGCCCUCGCCUGCUUGGUGUGGGUUGGAGAACAAGCCCCCGCCUGCCGCCCUGGGACCCCUGCGGCUCUCGGCCUCCGACACCAGCCUCAGGACCUGUGUGUCCCCCCUGAGCUCUCCCAGGACUCCUCCCGAGCCGGCCACCUGCCAGUUGCACGUGGCGGCCCAUCCCUCAGAAGCCGACAGGGGUGGCCCCCGGCCGCCCAAGUGUGGCCCCGAGAGCAGGACGCCCCCCACCGCCUCCAGAAGCAGCGGCGGGCCUCCCCCCAGCACCCAGCCAGACGUCGAGCGGCCAGGGUUCGGCCAGGUGGGUUCAAGCCCAGAGGCCGCCCAGCCCGGGGUGAGUGGUCAGCGGGGCGGCAGGGCCAUGGCCGGCGAUGCCCGGGAAAGGACCACGCACCUGAAAAUCGUGGAGAUCCCCACGGAGGGGACCGCCCAGGACGCAGGCGAGGACGGGCCGGCCGGAAGCAGCCGACCGGGCGGGGCCUGGGCGCAGGGCAGCGGUCCCGAGAAGCGGGAGGUCAGAGCGUGCAUCCCGCCACCUGAGCCAUCAUCGGCCCCCGCUCACCCGCCGUCGCUCCUGCCUUGGGCCACCCCGGCAGAGCCUGACACGCAGCCUCGACCUCUCGGCGUGGCCAAGCCGGCUUCAUGCCCGUCCUCCUCCUCCUCUUUCUCCUCUUCCUCCUCUUCUUCUUCCUCCUUGUCCUCCUCCUCCCAGCCCCUGUGCUCUGCGCAGGUGAAUGGCUCCCUGGCCAGGUCGGACUUCGGGGGGAUGCCCAGGGACAGCUCCUUUGCGGGCGCAGGGCUGGGGGACGCCCCCUAUUACACGCCCAGGCCGGCGACCAGGACCUACUCCAUGCCCGCCCAGGUCUCCAGCCUCUUCGGGCGGGAGGAACCUUCCGCCCACAGCCCGGCCCGAGCUCCUGCUCACAGGGACGGCCCUGGGUCCACGACCAGCCCAGAGGCCAGGGCCCACAGGGGCCACGGGAGUCUAGGCCUGGCCAAUGGACAGGGCCUCUACAGCGUGAAGCCCCUGCCAGAGACGCGGGACCUGCCACCACCGCCGCCGGCGGGCGAGGGGGAGAUGAGCUGCCUGGCCACCGACAGAGCCCGGGGCGGCAGGAGGCACUACUGCCCCGAGCAGCACUGGCCGCCCGAAUCUACCUCAUUCUUCUCGGUCAAGCAGCGCAUCAAGUCUUUCGAGAACCUGGCCAACAGCGACCGGCCAGCGGCCAAGGCCGGGGCGUGCCCCUUCCUGUCAGUGAGCGCCAAGCCGCCCAUUGGGAGACGGUCCUCGGGCAGCGUGGUUCUGGGGAGCCUGGGCCAUGCCGGGGACCCCACCCCGAGGUCCCUGAGGCGCAGCCUGAGCUCCUGCAACGAAAGCCAAAGCGAAGGCGGUGGCAUCCUCGUCCCCCAGCUGAACAAGUCGCCGUCCAGCGCCGUGCUGACGGGCCCCCGGCAGGGCCCGGCCGCGGCUGGCAGCAGAGGCCCCGAGACGGACCCCAGGAAGCCCCUCGGGCCUUCGGGCAUUGUCCCCACCGCCCCCGUCCCCACCUCGGCCUCGCCCGCCAAGAGGAACAGGUCCUCCGUGCGCCAUGCCCAGCCGUCAGCCACCCUGUCCCGCUCGAAACUGCAGGAGCUGCGCGCCCUGAGCAUGCCCGACCUGGACAAGCUCUGCGGCGACCCCCUGGCCGGGUCCACGACCGUGCUUUUCAAGACGGAGCUGGAAAUCGUGCCCCGGAGGUCACCGGGAUCCCCGGCGGGAUGCCCCGACGGACCCCCAGCCCUCUCCUGCCCGCGGCCAGGGGCGGACAGGGCCUCUCCGAAAGCCAGUGAGCCGGCCCUGCCUCCUGGGACCAGCUGGUCGGUGAAUUUGGAUCAACUUCUGGCCUCGGCAGGGGAUCAGCAGAGAUUACAGUCUGUUUUAUCAUCAGUCGGGUCCAAGUCAGGAGUUGGGACUCUAAUUCAGGAGGUGCAAGGACAAUCAGAGGACAAAGGAGAUGUUUACUUUGUCGUCUUGAACAAAAAGGAAGGCUCAGGUCUGGGAUUCAGCGUGGCAGGAGGGUCAGAGGUGGACCCCAAAUCGACUGUGGUCCACAGGGUAUUUUCUCAGGGGGCGGCUUCUCAGGAAGGGACCGUGGACAGAGGCGACGUCCUUCUGUCAGUCAAUGGCACCUCACUGGCCGGCUUAGACCACGGGGACGUCGUGAAGGUCCUGCACCAGGCACAGCUGCACAGAAAUGUUCUCGUGGUCAUCAAGAAAGAGAGCGGUCAGCCCCGGCUUGUGCCCCCGCUGGAGCACCCCGCCGCCAAUGGGAGGGGCUCUCUGGCCGGGAGGAGCGCCCCGCCGGAGCCUGCACUGGGUUCUCGCGGGGCCAUUCCCGACGCCGUGUGCGUGCAGGUGCUGAAGACGGCGGCGGGGCUGGGCCUGAGUCUGGAUGGCGGGAACGCGGCCAUGUCUGCAGAUGGGCCCCUGUUCAUCAAGAGAGUGUACAAAGGUGGUGCCGCGGAACAAGCCGGGACAAUAGAAGCUGGAGAUGAAAUUCUUGCCAUUAAUGGGAAGCCCCUGGUGGGGCUCAUGCACUUCGAUGCCUGGAAUAUUAUGAAGUCUGUCCCCGAGGGGCCUGUGCAGUUGGUGAUCAGAAAGCACCGGAAUUCUUCCUGAAUCGAGCUGGCAGGCGGGGCUUGUUCUGUUCUGGUUUUUUUUGUUUGUUUUGUUGUGAUUAAGAACCUCCUCGUCUUUGUUCCCUUCUUAAGCUAGCAGACCAGAAGGACGUCUUUCAAUACCGCACCCCCCAAAAACAACAGAUACUCUUUUCCAGCCAGGACUGUCAAAAACUUCCAGGUCUUGGCUUAGCCCUGACCGAGCCGACACCUGGAAGCCUCAUACCUGGAUCCCCCAGGCCAGUGCCUCUCCCCUGCCUCUACUGAUGGGGGACAAGAUGUGGUGCGCCCCUCGUCGGACACAGCGACACCUUUGCAUCUUCCUCGCCACCUCCCCCCCACCCACCCAGCCGGGCAGUCAGGGAGUGACUGAAGUCACGGGGGCAACACAAAUGCCACCAUGAAAAGGACUCUAGUUUUAUAGAAUUUUAUAAGUAAAUCCUAGAAUGAUUGUAGACUCAGCCCGUUGGGAAGAGGAGCUGUAGGUCUGUCUUAUACCUUGAAAAGAAACUUAAAAAAAAAAAUUUUAAAAAAAAGGAGAAUUAUGUAAUGAUGACCUAAUUGGUUAGUCUGAGCUCAGGAAUUCCCCACAAAUGAAAAAGCAAAAUAGAGAAAGAGGUAUUUUUAAAGAGUGAGUUUAAUGUGCCACCAACAGGUGCAGAGUUCCACUCCGUGGGUGACUGAUCCCCAUGAAGUGUCGAUCAUGAUUUGUAAGUUGUAAAGUCACGAGGCUGUUCUAUAGAAAAACAGUGCAGUCCAGUGUUCUCAAUAGCCAUGAACUUCGCUGCUGGGAGCGAACGAGAAGUUCCCGCCCUGAAAGCACCUUGCAUCUUAUUUUGGAACUCGUCUUAGAUCCAUACUUGAAAUUCAACCGUGGCCAACACAAAAGCAGGCAGGAGACAUGUCACUGAGUUUCCAUUUCGAUAUGUUAACGCUCUCCAACCCAUUAAUUUGAAAUUUGUAGAGAUCAAGUAUCUUUUUUAGCAUCCUUGGGUUCCUAAACAUCAGCAUUCUAUUUACAGACCAAUAGAAGAGCUUAAAAUACUCCUUUGGGGGACCUUUUUAUUUACACGUGUGCCACCCCACCCCAACACAAGCUUAAGAAAAGCAAAAUCUCGACUGGAUCUCUCUUGACCUGGGUGUAAUGACCCUGCUCGGCAGCGGCUGGAGUUUCUGCCAUUUUCCUGUUUUGCCAAACAUGCUUCCCUGCGUGAGCCGCUUUCUCCUUUGGAAGCAUGAGCUGUUUCCUAGUAGCUGUUCCCACCAGCAUCAGAUGGGCCGUUUGUCACAAAAUUGGCUUUUCUCGCCUCACAUCGCACCUUCUUCAGUUCCAAACCCUGAGCAGCUCCGUUUACCAGAGCCAGUGUUAAGAAAAUGGAGGGGCCGGAGAGAGAGCUCGGUGGGUUGGAACGCAUGCUUUGCAUGUGGGAGACCUAGAUUUCGACCCCCAGCACAUCACGGUUCCCUGAGCACCUCCAGGCGCAACCUCUGAGCACUAAGCCAGGAGUUAGCCCAAAAGAAAAAAGAGAAAAUGGAGAGCAAGGGGUGAGUCACUCUGCCAAGCUAACUAGUGUGGGUGCACAGGCCCGCUAAUGGACGCCCAGAACAUGGGCAAGAUCGCAUGUCUGUCUGCAUGCAUGGCGACGCAAUAAGUUUUAUGUUGGAGACUUCCUUCACUUACAGCUUUGGGGGCGAGACUGCAUGUCUGCAUGCAUGAUGACACUAAGGUUUUACAUUGGAGCUGUUCCUUAACCCACAGCUUUGGGGGAGGGACGAGCUGCAUGCCUGCGUGCAUGGUGACGCUCAGGUUUUAUGUUGGAGAUUCCCUUCACCUACCGCUUUGGGGGGCGAUACUGCAUGCUUGCAUGCACGAUGACGCUCAGGUUUUAUGUUGGAGCUGUCCUUAACCUAUAGCUUUGGGGAUGGCUUUGAAAAAAAAAAAAAGAGCUCAUUACACCCCGAUCGUGUAGGUCCUUAGCCCAUCCCCUGUCCCUCCCCCUUUUCCGAAUGGCCGGUCCUCAUGAAACUCUGCGGGGCUGGCCCCCAGCGACCUCCCCAGAGGGCUCUGGCUAGGGUCUCGUGAGUCCAGAUCGCUCAUUUCUUCUCACAGGUUAUGUACGAGAAUGUAGUAGCCGAACUAGCUAGAAAGAUCUGAUUCAUUUAACCUUGACUUUGCACUCACUCCAGUCCCAGGUAGGGUCGGUGCAAGGUGCAUGCUCGAUGGUUGUUCAGUCUCUGGGGUCCGUCUUGUGGUUUCUGCUUUCUUGCCUGAGUGACAAGGAGACCAUAGAAUCAACGCUGCCAACGAUUUUUUUUUUUGCCUCCACGCCUCCAGCUGUGCCUCCUAGUAUGAAACACGUCAUCCUGUCAAACCACAGGCGUGGCCGUCUCUGAGACCCCCGUCCUCAGAGCUCUACAGACCGCUGGCUAACUCAAGGCACCAGCCCCUCCCACGGGGGGCUGCCAGAAGCGUUUCCUGGUUGACAGCUGGAAUAAACAGGAGGAAGCAAAAGCUCAGCUGUCUUUGACCCGGAGAUAGAAAACUAUUUCUUUGUCUUCAGUGUUUGAGGCAUGGCUAGUGUUUCUGAUUAGUCUACUUUCACACUUCCUGAAGUGAACACUAAUGGUAUUGUCCUAUUAAAACUUCUCAUUGUUCUUGUUUUCUAACUCAUCACUCACAAUAAGCUAUGAGGGUAAAUAUGUGUUAUAACAUGUAAAUCAUAGUUGCAAAGCUAUUCCGUGAAGUAGGUGGGGUUUCAUUUCUCUCCUUCCAUACACAUCUCAUUUAAUUUUAUGGUUGACUUAAGUGGCACCACACCUAUUGUAUGAUAAUAUCCAUUAUCCUUUAUUUAUGUAAUAUAAAAUGCCUUAUAUAUUAAAAGAGUAAGUGCAAUAAUAUGAAAUAGCCUGUACAUUUUUAAAAUGUUGUCGCCAAAUUAUGUAAAUCCACAUCUCUGUAAACAACUUUUUUAAGAGUAAUUUUAAAUAAACACUCUGCUUAUUAUACUUUAA